UUCCCUUCUUUUCCUUUCAUUUUCUUUCCCAUUUCCUUUUUAGGGGGUAACCCCCUGGAUCCGCGCCUGUUUGAGCUUUGAUAACAUCCAAUAUUUGGAUGGUGACGUUAAAGGUCUAGUCCCAGACAAAAAUAAUCAUAUCUGAUUGAUACACGUUUUUAAAAACUCAAUCACACCCACUAGGUCCUGAUGUGCAACCACAAAAAGUGUUUAUACCCCCCACUGCGACGCCCCCUUAUGUAUGCCACUUGCCAGUGAUCAUAAUCAUUAACACCAUCACCAUCAUCAUCAUGUGGUAGGACUGUAUGGUAGCCUAUCAUUUUCUUAGAUAAAAACUGUAAUCAUACUGAGAUUCUAAACAGUCUUUGAUCUAGACUCCAACUUAUUAUCUCUUAACACUGUAUGCAAUCCUUAAAUCUGCAUGUAAAGUUAUAUACAUGUAACAAACAAACUAAAAAAAGUUAAAAGCUCUGGCCACACUGGUAAAAAUGUUAUGAUUAUGCUUGUGUUUACCUCAAACAGAUGGCCAACCUCUCUCAUGGCGAAAUUGGGACUCGGAAUGUUGUUGUUAUCUUCUGGAUACCAUGCUUGACCAAUCCAUGCAGCUCAAGGUAUUGUGCCAUGUUCAUCCGGAAGUAUCAGUGAAACUUUUCUUGGUCUCUCUCCAAUUCUCUGUAUAGGACAGAAUAUUCUCCGUGUUCAUCUCUCUUUUUGUUGAUGUCGUGAAUCCAUUAUCUCUUUGAGAGAACAACGCAUGAACACGCUAUUACAACAGCUUCAUCUACUGCCUUCGUGGAGGCUGCCAUUUUCUUUGCCUUUGGUUGUCAUGGAAACAUCGGACGGUUUUUGCCUGCCGGAUGGCAUCCGAGCACGGCUUUUAAUGCCGUGCCGUGGGACAGUGGAAACGGGAAAACGGCAUACCGUGCCGUAUGCUGUGCCGGAAGGCCUAUCAUUAGUCUUUUAUUAGAAGUCUAAAUCCCCAGAAACAACGUUAUAUCUAACUGUUAUGUUACUACGACUGAAUUUACUAAAGCGUUGUUGGAUCCAAACUGAGUGCUGUCUGUAGGCCCUAACGUUAACGAAGUUAGAAUCUAGAUGUACUAUUUUCGGCCUUAUAUUUUAGCCUUAUUUUCUUGUCUUCUAAUAUUUUCUAGGGCUCAGUUCUACAAUAUACAAAAUGACACUACAUGUAAGGCCUAGAUCUAUUUGUUGUUAAUAAGUUGCUGACCCGACCACAUUCAAGAAUGGCCAGAUCAAUCCAGUUCCUUUAGAGUUGACUGUUGUCUUGAUCACCUCUUUUCAGAGUAAUACACAUAGACCUAUGUGUGCGAUUUUGCAUUUAACACGUAAACUCCCACAGACCAUCACCGCAGGCGAUCGGUCGCUUGAUCAGAAGAUUUGUGGGCAAUUAUGUAAUAUAUCUGGGCUGUGAUUGGCCAGAAGUGAAAAAUGCCGUGUGCCGUUCUCUGAAAAUGGCUUGAUGAUCGAUCUGGAAAUCCGGCAAAUAACGCUGUAUGGCACAACACGGCACGGCACCGGUGAAGUGGGAAAAGUUUCACAGGAUUUAGUGGUGAUCGAUUUUUUGUUGUUGCUGUGCCGGAUUGCUGUGGCCCCGUGUAUGGUCGCCGUGCUAGAUGCAGCUUCUUGUUGCUUGGUGGCCAUUAUAUGGAAUGGAUGACCCUUGUACUGUGUUUGGCACACAUUAUCACAAGCAAACACAAAGGGAAGAUGAGACACUUUGUUUGGUGAUUUUACUGUUAGGAAAGAUUGGAUACUUUAGGGGAAUUUGUGUAUUAAAAUGAAUACGAAUUCCCCCAAAAUGUCCAGUCUUCCCCUUGUAGUGCCUUGUUUGUGGUCACAUAGAUCUUCCAAGCUUCAAGAUCCAGGAUGUCUUUUAGUUGCAUGUUGUUUAUUUCAGACCCUUUGUAGGGAGACACUGCACAACAGUACGAGAAUACACCAAGGGCCCAUUUUAUAUAAAAGAGUUUGCAACUAAUGUACCUAACACAUUUGCCAUUGUGGCAACUACAUGUACCAUGGUAACAGGGCUCAGCAGCCUAUCAAAAUCAAGCUUUCCAUGGUAGUUACACUCAUGGUACAGAUGGUGGCCGUACUUUACAUGUAUGUAAAGAAUUAUAAAGAACAAGUUCAGACCACUGUACACGGUAGGUUGCAGAUAAUGUAUGCCUGUCUUGUUUCGCAAAAUGGUAGGGGAGAGAUGAUUAAUUUUCCUCCUUGGCUGCAAGAUCAACAUUUGAAAAUUAAGGAAAAAAAAUACUUUGAUCUAUUCAUCUGUUUAUUUACCUUUUCCUCUCUCUUUCCAUUUACUCUGUAUCAUUCUAAAUAGCACAAUAUGUCGGAAUUCAAGGAAAUUCUUGAGAACUACAGGACUGCACCUUUUGAUGCCCGCUUCCCCAACACAAACCAGACCAAGAACUGCUGGCAGAACUAUGUAGAUUUCCACCGUUGCCAGAAAAAGAAGGGAGAUGACUACGAGCCUUGUGAAUACUUCAGGAGAGUCUACAAGUCAUUAUGUCCACUUGCAUGGGUUGAGAACUGGGAUACUCAGAGAGAAGAAGGGACAUUUGCAUCCAAGAUAUGAUGUGCCACUUGACCUGUAGAUACCAUCAGAUGUUUAUAUUCUACUAGAGUUUAGCACCGUUGUUCCUGUACCUCUAUGAGUUGACAAGCCAAAGUGAAAAACACAUUCAUCAUCAUCUUAAUCUGACGUCAGAAAAAUUUAAUGCAUCGGACUAAUUAUCUUGAUUCUAGAACAUUAUGUGCAUACACGCACCAGACCAUAAUCCUUAUUGCCCUAUUUUGGAAAUAUAUAACUCUAAAAUCAAUCCUAAGUAAAUAAGAUAUACAUUUUUCUUGCACAUUGUUAUGCAAUAUUUUUGCAAGAUGGAGAUUUAUUACAGUGGUUCGUAACAAAAUUAGAAUUUGAAAGCAUUUUUUGUCAUUGCCCAUCUAAGAACAUGAGGUUCUUCUCAAAUGAAUUCUUUGAAUUUUAUCAUUUGUUGGUUGUGUUUUUGUAAAUACUACCUGAGCAAAUUGUUCUUCACUACUCAGGUGUGUUGUGCUUACUGUUGAUUCUGAUUAAUUAAAUUAUCGUAUGAGGUGAAGAAAUAUGAGUUUAAAACUGAUAUUUGAAUAAAUUUUGAACUCUAAAUACUCUUUGAAAAAUCUCAAUCUUUGCUGGGGUUGUCUCAGAUGUAAAGCAUUGUAUAUGUUAAGGCAAUUCCAUAAAAUAUGUAAUCUGAUACCCUAAAUGUGGGAACUCCAUGAAGUGAUCUUUCUUUGUUUCCAACUUCAUAUGAAAAGUCAUACUCUCAGAUUAUCAUGGCUUGUGCAGUUCCUGAUCUCAAGUAAAAGAACCAAGAAACUUAGGGGUCAGAUGUUGAAUCUUUUAUGAAAUUGGCCAUUAUUUCCCCAAAAAAGGCAGUUACAGUAGGUUGCCCAGAUCAUUGUUUUAAGCUUCGGGUUGAUAUAAACAAAGGGUACACAGAGA